CAAGUUGUAUAUGAUAUGGAUGAACAGGACGAUUUUUAUUUAUCUAUGAUCAACAAAAGAAGAUUAAAAGUUAAUCAUUGUUACAUUUCACAUGAGCUUUUUGAAAUAGUUAUAACGUUUUUGGAGAAACAGUGGCAUUUACUUUCAAAGAGAAUUCCACCAAAGCAAAAAUAUUUUGAUAUUGGCCCUGACGCUAAAGAGUUUCAGGAUUUUAAAAAUCUAAAGCCUGGAAAAUAUAACAUUGCUGUCUUGAAUGCUUUAGUAUAUGGGUCAGAUGAUGGAGUUUGGUGUGGACCAGAACAAGAUCAACCUUGUGCUAUUUGUUACGGAAGUGAGUGUGAUAAUGCUAAUCAAAUUGUGUUUUGUGAUGGAUGUGAUAUUGCUGUUCAUCAAGAAUGCUAUGGAGUUGUCUAUAUCCCCGAAGGACAAUGGUAUUGUAGACAUUGUAUGACAGCUAAGAAGAAAGAAGCACAUUGUCAAUUUUGCCCUAGUACUACAGGGGCAUUUAAGCAGACUGAAUCUGGAGAUUGGGCUCAUGUUAUUUGUGGAUUAUGGAUACCAGAGUUAACUUUUAAGAGUCCAGUUUAUAUGGAAACUAUUGAUAAUAUUGAAAAUGUUCCAAAAGGAAGAUGGAAUCUUACAUGUUAUAUAUGCAAGCAAAAAUGUGGAGCUUGUAUUCAAUGUGCAAAUAAAAAUUGUGCACAGGCUUAUCAUGUUACAUGUGCUAGAAGAAGUGAAUUAUUUAUGAAACAUAAUUUGGAUGCUGGAAUGCAAAAUUCGUUACAUUUGAAGAAUUUCGUUAGCUUUUGCGAUCGUCAUACACCGACGACUUGGUUGGAGAACCAUGAUAUCAAAGAAGGUAUUAAAAAAACAAGGUUAUAUUAUCAAGAAAAUAAAAAAGAUGAAAACAAUCGAAAUUCCAACAAUAAUAUUUUAAGAUGGGAGUCAUCGAUUGGAACUCCAAUUCUUCCCAAUCUUAUAUGGGAAAGACUAAUAAAACUACUUGAAUAUUUUCAAAUUGAUGGCAGCGCUAAAUUAUCUAGUGAUUUAUGCAAAUACUGGGCAUUAAAAAGAGAAACCAAGACAGCACCAUUGAUUAAACUUCAUGAUCCUUAUACUACAUCCAAUAAUAUUAAAAUUGAAGAAAUACCUGAAAAAAUUGAGAUGGCUAACUUUUUAAAUGGGAACAUUAACAAUUUAAUCAAAAUUUCGGAUGAUAUUAUCAAGAGACAACAGUUGACAUUAGAAAAGUUUGAUAUUGAUCUUAAAAACAUUGGAAAUAUUUACUUCCCUGUUAUUAAAUUGAUAAAACCUGUUUUAGAGGAAUUACUCAAAUUAGAUGAAGAAAACAACCGAUUGUUAUGGGAAUUUAAACCAUCGAUAUUUAAAGGAACCAAAUUGGAAUAUAAUAUCGAUAUCUUAAAUUUGGAAUCAAUUGUUUUGAAGUUUAAACUGAAUCAAUAUAGUCAGAGUCUAUUAGAGUUUAAUAAUGAUAUCAAGAUUUUAUUUGAUAAUGUGAAUAGAUCCAAACAAAAGACCAAUAAAGUUUUAAAUUUGAAAAAACUAUUG